AAUUCUUACUAAUAUAUACAUAUUUGUUCAAUUAAAAUCGUAUAAAUUUAUAUAUCUAUAUAUUGUACUGUAAUAAUCAAUCAAUCUAUCUAUAACUAUCUUCUGGUAUUUGUAAUUAGCAAAAAGAGGAACCAUGAGUGACCAACAAGAUUCCGUAAUGAAUCCAGAGCUUAUUAUCAAUCACAAAUUCCCACAGACGACACACACCUAUAGUGAAAGAGAUGUUGCACUAUAUGCCCUCGGGAUUGGAGCAUGUGCCAAAGAUGCAUUAGAUGAGAAGGAGCUCAAAUAUCUGUAUCAUGAAGAUGGGCAACAAUCUAUCCAGGUGUUUCCAACGUUUGCUGCUUUAUUUACCAUGGGGCUAAUGUCUAAAAUUGGGGAGUUGCCAGGAUUUAUGUAUGAUCCACGCCUUCUUUUACAUGGGCAACAGUAUAUUGAGAUUUAUAAGCCUUUACCUUCUAAUUGUGUGCUUCUGAACAAGGCGAGCAUUGUUGGAUUGCAUGAUAAAGGCAAGGCUACAAUUCUUGAGAUUGAAGUUUUGAGUUAUGUAAAAGAGACUGGUGAACCACUAUGCAUGAACAGAACAACGGUUUAUUUGAGGGGUGCUGGUGGCUUCUCAAAAUCAUCUCAACCAUAUUCAUUUUCCAAGUAUCCGAGGGAUCAGACAACUUCAAAAACUCCAAAGACUCAACCAUUUGUAGUACAUGAGGAAUGUACUCAGCCACCACAGGCACUGCUAUACAGGCUUUCUGGUGAUUACAACCCUUUGCAUUCAGAUCCUAAGAUUGCAGAAGUUGCAGGGUUUUCACGUCCGAUACUUCACGGGCUGUGCACCCUAGGCUUUGCUGUUAGGGCUAUCGUCAAAACUAUCUGCAAUGGAGAUGCAAAUCUUGUUAAAGCCAUUUCGGGCAGAUUUCUGUUGCAUGUUUAUCCUGGUGAAACAUUAGUCACUGAAAUGUGGCUUGAAGGCUCCAGAGUUUUAUUUCAGACAAAGGUUAAAGAAAGAAAUAGAGCAGUGCUUGCUGGAUUUGUGGACCUCAAUCGUUCAAGAUUAUCAUCUCUGUGAGUUCUUGCGAAGAAAGUACUUCCAUUAGCUGCUUUUAAAACAUACAAAGUAUAGAUGUUUGACAAUCUUGUAUUAUGCGGUGCAUGUGUUGUUAUUAUGUAGACAAUUGGUUGUGUACAAACAUAAUAAUGAAUCUUUAGUGAUCUGUGAUCAUUGAGGAUGUAAAAGUUAUAUAAGAUAUGAUUCUGUGGACA